AGUUCUCUCGCCUGUCAGACGACGCUAUUUCACUUCUCCACGGCCAAAGUUGUCAUUUUCUUAUUAGCUACGUGAGAAAUGAAUGGCUCGCCGGUGUUUGCGUGGAUAAUUCUGGUUUUUGUUGCUUCUGGUGUAGUUUGUGCCGCAAAUUUGAUUGACAAGUCACCGUCGCGAUGUGAGAAUAUUUGCAAUAAUUGCAAGGAUUUGCAAAGGGAUCUGGAGGCAGACUGCCAGAGGGGAUGUCAGUACUUCAAUAUCCUGUUCUUGGUGUCCGUGUCGGACCAAAACAAAGUUUCCAGUAUCGAUACUUAUGAGGCGAAAUGCAAAACAUCCUGCUCCGAAGCCUAUGACCAACAGAAGCGACUCAACGCUUGCUUCGCGGGGUGUUCCCGAAUGUAUGAGAUCCAGAAUCAGGCCCCCUACAUCAAUAACUGGAUCAUUUUCAUGGGUGAAUCAGAUAAGGGAAUGGUUCUGUUACCCAGCGAUUCAGAGACGCUCAAUGCUAACGACUGGCUGCUGCUGGAAUCGUUUCUGAGACAAGAUGGAGAGAACGACGCUGAGGAAACCAUUGUGACUGACACUAUUAUCACGGAAAGACAAGCGAGUACCUCACGGGACUUUUUCGGUCAUGAAAGCAUGCCCUGGUGGAUGUGGUGUUUCCCAAUUGUAAUGUUUAUUAUUGCGCUAUGGGAUUGCCACAUUGAUUCGUCGGCGAGAAAUGUCGGGGAUGAAUUUCAUCAUUCUCAUGAAAUAAUUUUGAACGAUAAAACAAUAUAUCCUUCGCUUGCUGUAUUGCCGCCAAAAUAUUCCGAAAGUGAAAAGAAUUUCCUUUCCGAAAGCGAAGAUGAUGAUAAGUGCGUGAAAUCUGUACUCAAUACAUAAAUGAAUCAGCUUUAAUGACUGUAUUUUAAAUUUAAUCUUAUUUUAGAAUUUUGUUGAUUUUUAUUGUUUUAUAUACAUAUACACACAUUAAACUUUGUUUUUUUUUUUAUUAUAUAUGUACUGCAUUCCUUUUAUAAUGUUUUCAGCAUAAGUUUAAAUGGAUUUAGCUUAAAUCUAAUGUUAUUAGUACCAUUGACAUAAAUAUGAUAUAUGAAAUAUAAAUAUUGGAUUAAUUGUC